AAAAAAAAAAAAAAAAAAAAAGGAGGUAGAAAUCAGAAAGUAGAAAAUGCUUAAAUUCCCUUCCAUCUGUCACCAAGGGAAUGAGUAAAAGUUCUUAGGUUUUGGCGAUGCAAAAUAGGUCGGAACUGAAAAUGGAAAUGUGAACCCUUUUAUUUUGAAUUCGAACAUUUAAAUGUUUAAGUCCCGAUUCUAUGCAUGCAACCUCAGUAAUUGUUUGUCCAGGUCAACAUUAUGCUUAACGUUGCUUUUAUGUGUCUGAUAUAGGGUUGCAACAUGAUCGGGUCUUUUAUCACCAGAGGACUUGUGAUGGUUUUUGGUUAUGCUUAUCCUGCAUAUGAAUGCUAUAAAACUGUUGAAAUGAAUAAACCUGACAUUGAGCAACUUCGGUUUUGGUGCCAGUAUUGGAUCAUAGUUGCGAUAUUGACUGUUUGUGAGAGGAUUGGUGACUUGUUUAUUUCAUGGGUUCCUAUGUACAGCGAAGCUAAAUUGGCCUUCUUUCUAUACUUGUGGUUUCCAAAAACCAAGGGAACAACAUAUGUUUACGACUCUUUCUUUAGACCCUAUGUUGCGAAACAUGAG